AUGUCGUCUUUUGCGAAAGAUUUCAGCAAAGCAAUGUCUCAAGCUGGCACUUCACAGUUUCAGGAAGUCAUUCGACAAGAGCUGGAGUAUUCAAUGAAAGUAGAACUUGAUAAGAUACUUGCGACAGCAACUUCAAAUGAGUUAGAGCACACUAAAAAGGACCUGGAAGGAUUUAAGAAGCUAUUUCAUAGAUUCCUACAAGAAAAGGGACCAUCUGUGGACUGGGGGAAGAUUCAGAGACCUCCAGAAGAUUCUAUCCAGCCCUAUGAGAAGAUAAAGGCCAGAGGACUGCCCGAUAACAUUGCUUCUGUCUUGAACAAGCUGGUGGUCGUGAAACUAAAUGGUGGCUUGGGCACAAGCAUGGGUUGUAAAGGCCCCAAAAGUCUUAUCGGGGUGCGGAACGAGAACACCUUUUUGGAUCUGACGUUUGUUCAGCAGAUUGAGCAUUUAAACAAAUCCUACAACACCGAUGUUCCUCUUGUCCUCAUGAAUUCCUUCAACACUGAUGACGACACCAAGAAAAUCUUGCAGAAAUACAGUCACAGCCAUGUGAAGAUAUACACUUUUAAUCAAAGCAGGUAUCCUAGAAUUAACAAGGAAACUCUGCUGCCAAUAGCCAAGGACGUGUCUUACUCAGGAGAGAACACGGAGUGCUGGUAUCCCCCAGGCCAUGGAGACAUCUACGCCAGUUUCUAUAACUCUGGGCUGCUGGAUAACCUUAUCGGAGAGGGGAAGGAGUAUAUUUUUGUAUCCAAUAUAGAUAACUUGGGUGCCACUGUGGACCUUUACAUUCUUAAUCAUCUUAUGAACCCACCCAACGGAAAACGCUGUGAAUUUGUCAUGGAAGUCACAAACAAAACCAGGGCAGAUGUGAAGGGUGGCACGCUGACGCAGUAUGAAAACAAACUGAGGCUGGUGGAGAUAGCUCAGGUGCCAAAAGCCCACGUGGAUGAAUUCAAAUCCGUGUCAAAAUUCAAAAUAUUCAAUACUAACAAUUUGUGGAUUGCUCUGUCUGCGAUUAAAAGGCUGCAAGAGAAAAACGCCAUUGACAUGGAGAUCAUCGUUAACCCAAAGACUCUGGAUGGAGGCUUGAAUGUUAUCCAGCUGGAGACCGCAGUGGGUGCUGCUAUUAAGAGUUUUGAGAACUCUCUGGGGAUAAACGUACCUCGUAGUCGUUUUCUGCCUGUGAAGACCACAUCGGAUCUCUUGCUCGUGAUGUCCAAUCUGUACAGCCUUAAUGCUGGAUCUUUAACCAUGAGUGAGAAGCGUGAAUUUCCAACAGUGCCUCUUGUCAAGCUGGGAAGUUCUUUCACAAAGGUUCAAGAUUACCUGCGGAGGUUUGAAAGUAUUCCAGAUAUGCUGGAGCUGGAUCAUCUCACGGUUUCAGGUGAUGUUACAUUUGGGAAGAAUGUUUCAUUAAAGGGAACAGUUAUCAUCAUCGCAAACCACGGCGACAGAAUCGACAUCCCAGCUGGAGCUCUACUAGAGAACAAAAUCGUAUCUGGCAACCUCCGGAUCCUGGACCACUGAGUGGGUGAAAGGGCACGGUCGGUUCUGUAGGCUGCUGUGCUCCACCAGCACCUCCUAAUGAAAGACCCUUUGAAGCAUUAGAGAUUUAAGUACAGAGAGGGCCUAUGCUUUGUCAUCUUCACAGUACCCUGCAGUAUUAAUUGAAAAUUAAUUUCUCUUGCUUAUCUUUUUUUUAAGCAGCCACAUUAGCGCAAUGGAUGUGCGUAAGUAACGCUUCAGUCCUGAAAGAGAUUCUGUAACUCAGUUAAUAUAACCUUGAAGUGCAAUACUGUUUGUCUUGAGAUGGACAGAUCUUUGAGAAGAAGUUAAGAGGCUCGCCUCUAACACUUAGUAGUUUUGAAUUGCUUGUAACUGCAGAAAUAAAGCUGUGAAGCAAUACGUGGGGGACAACGCCGUUAGCUACUCCUG